AGGAAGAGGAGGAGGAAGGUGUCCUGCUUCUCCAGCAUCCAGCUCUUCCUGGUGUCCGAGUGCGCCCUCAUGCUGGCCCAGGGCACCGUGGGCGCCUACCUGGUGAGUGUUUUAACCACCUUAGAGCGACGAUUCAACCUGCAGAGUGCAGAUGUGGGAGUCAUUGCCAGCAGCUUCGAGAUUGGGAACCUGGCCCUCAUCCUCUUCGUGAGUUACUUUGGAGCCCGAGGACACAGGCCACGCUUGAUAGGAUGCGGAGGGAUAGUCAUGGCCUUGGGUGCCCUCCUUUCUGCGCUGCCUGAGUUUCUGACCCACCAGUACGAGUACGAAUCGGGGGAGAUUCGCUGGGGGGCUGAAGGGAGGGACGUGUGUGCUGCCAACGGGUCCACCAGUGACGAGGGACCAGACCCGGACCUUAUCUGCAGGAACAGGACUGCGACGAACAUGAUGUACUUGCUGCUCAUUGGAGCACAGGUCCUCCUUGGCAUUGGUGCUACCCCUGUCCAGCCCCUAGGAGUUUCCUACAUCGAUGACCACGUGAGGCGGAAAGAUUCCUCCCUGUAUAUAGGGGCACUUGCGUUCAGCCUCUGUGCCCUGCAGGGGGUUUUGGCUUUGGCCAUGGGUGAGCUGAGGAUGGACAUCCCCCAUCCACCAGCUCUCCUGGCAGGACUGCCCGGGCAGUGGUGCCGCCAGCCCUCUUCGCUUGGCAAAGAUGGAUUGUUUAAAGCAUUAAAGGCGGCAUGGAUCACUUUGACAGAUCCGGGUUAG